UGUUGGGAAAAAAGUUAUUUCGUUGAUAUUAAAUGUUAGUAUAACAGCCUAUAAUCUGUAUGUGAAGUUCAUUGAAGGUAGCCUGCAUUCUAAAUGUACACCUACAAAAACUAAGUCUUCCAACUCUUCAUUUACAAUCUAUUGCACAAAUGUUUAUUUUACAAAAAUUCUAAAACUGCUGUCGACGUAUUUGUUAGCGUGAAAUGAUGGACUUAUAUUCCUCAAAUGUUACCUGGUGCUUGUCAAGGCGACAAUACAGUCGUCUUUCAAAAACAGCCUACAACACAAUUCAACAAUAUGGUGUACGACAAAUCGCUCACGCUCGGCGAGCCUUCUCCUACAAGUUUUCAAGUUCAGUAGGAAGCACAUAUUUUCUCGUUUUCAGUGCUGAUGGAGAGAAAUUAGCAUCAAGCCACGCAGAUCAUACAGUGCGCGUAAGUGAUGUUAAUUCAAAUCUUUGCCUACACGUGUUAAGCGGACAUCCGCGUACAGUGUGGUCUGCAGCUUUUCAUCCUUCUGACUCAUGUUUGAUUGCAACUGGUUGCCUUAACGGUGUUGUAAAAGUGUGGGAUUUAAACAAAGACUGUAAGCUUGUGAGUAAAACCUCCUGCGAUUCUAAUGUGACCUCGUUGGCAUUUCAUCCAUCCGAGAGAGUGUUGUUAAUCGCAGCAGGAAAUCAACUGCUAUUUUGGUCAUGCAACGAGUCAAAACCGUUUGCUAAAAGCAACGUAACGUCUUUUUAUGAAAGGGUUAGACUUGCGAAAUUUGGUCCACAUGGCAAUUUCAUAAUAACAGGAAUACUCCAAGCUGAGCAUGAGGAAUUUUGUAAAGAAACUUAUGAGGCCAUAUGCCACCAGAAUCAAGCACAAUCUUUAACUUGUCGUACAUCUGUGAUACAUGUCAAUACACACAACAUGGAGACGUGUGUAGAACAUGUUGAAGAUAGGUCACCAGAAGAUCAACUGUCAAUUUCAAUCUUAAACCGACCCGAGUUGCAUCGUCUACAAUAUUGGGAUUUUACACACUUUACAAUUCCCAGUUUGCAAAAGACCAGCAAUAACAUUAUCACAUCAAACUGCAAAUUUUUGAAUAAUUUAGGAGUUGAUAUAUCUUCAGAUGGUCGUUUCCUGUGUGCAGCUGUCUUUCCUUCAGCGAAUGAUGCAGAAUCCUGUUAUAUAUGUGUGUUUUCGCUGGAGCAAAUGAAACUAGGCGAAUGCUUGUACUCUAAAGGUGUUAAACAAAGUGUAAUGACAAUAUGCUUCUCGCCUUUGCAUUCUCAUCUUAUUGUUGGUGUAUCCCAUGGGAUUUCAUUGAGUGAGGAUGUUGCUGCAAAAGUAGUAGGGCAUAUUUUCAAGCUUGGUUCUAAAAAAAAUCUGUCCAGAGUGAUGACAUUGAAACUUCAAUUUGAUGUCAAAAGUAUUUCUGAAUCAAGAAUUUUUUUCUGGUGCAAAUGUUAA